AAGUUAGAGGGGGCGGAGCUUAGUUGUCUGACGGCUGUGUGGUGGUGGAACUCCAAGCGGUUCUUGGAGAAGCGUCCACCAUGACGGCCAUCAAGCACGCCCUCCAGAGGGACAUCUUCACGCCCAACGACGAGCGUUUGCUGGGCAUUGUGAAUGUCUGCAAGGCGGGAAAGAAGAAGAAGAACUGCUUUUUGUGUGCAACAGUCACCACCGAGCGGCCCGUGCAGGUCAAAGUGGUCAAGGUGAAGAAAUCUGACAAAGGAGACUUUUAUAAACGACAGCUGACGUGGGAGCUCCGCGAUUUGACUGAAGUGGACGCCAAAGAUGCCAGCAAGGAAAACCCAGAGUUUGACCUCCAUUUUGAGAAGGUCUACCGCUGGGUAGCAAGCAGCACUGCUGAAAAGAACUCGUUCAUAUCAUGCAUUUGGAAGUUGAAUCAGCGCUACUUGAGGAAGAAGGUGGAGUUUGUCAAUGUCAGUUCUCAGCUGCUGGAAGAACUUCCUAAAGCGGAAGAGUCUGUGCCCAGUGGCGAGAGUCAGAGCGUUGCUGGAGGUGAUGAGGACGCUCUGGACGACUACCAGGAGCUCAGCACCCGUGAGGAACAGGACAUCGAAGGCAUGAUGGAGGUGUGCGAGUAUGCAAUCUCCAAUGCUGAGGCCUUUGCAGAGCAGCUCUCCAGGGAGCUCCAGGUUCUAGAUGGGGCCAACAUCCAAUCCAUCAUGGCGUCGGAAAAGCAGGUCAACAUCCUGAUGCAGCUUUUAGACGAAGCGCUAGGCGAGGUGGACACCAUUGAAGGCAAGCUGAGUAGCUAUGAAGAGAUGCUCCAGAGCGUCAAGGACCAAAUGGAUCAGAUCUCGCAGAGCAACCGCCUCAUCCAGAUUAGCAACACCAACAAUGGCAAGCUGCUGGAUGAGAUCCAGUUCCUAGUGCACAACAUGGACCUCUCCAGGGGCCACAUAAGAGCCCUACAAGAUGGAGACCUGACUUCACCGAAAGGCAUCGAGGCUUGCAUUAACGCUGCUGAAGCUCUUUUGCAGUGCAUGAACAUAGCCCUCCUGCCAGGCCACGACAAGCUGAUGGCUGUCAAACAGCAGCAGCACCUAUUCACUGAACUAAGGGACACGUUCGCACGCCGCCUCACCAAUCAUCUCAACAACGUAUUUGUGUACCAGGGCCACGACCAAAGUUCCACUCUGUCCCAGCACACUGUGGAGCUGACGUUGCCCAAGCACAGCCCCCUCCACCGAGAUCUACUGCGUUACGCCAAGCUCAUGGAGUGGCUAAAGAUAACUCACCGCGAGAAGUACGAGGGCCUAUCGAGGACCUACGUGGACUACAUGAGCCGACUGUAUGAACGAGAAAUCAAAGACUUUUUUGAAAUUGCAAAGAUAAAAAUGGCGGGAACAAGCAAGGAGGCGAAGGCCAAGUUUGCUACGCUUCCACGGAAAGAGAGCGCGCUCAAACAGGAAACGGAAAGCCUUCACGGCAGCUCAGGAAAGCUGACUGGCUCCACAUCCAGCCUAAACAAACUGAGCGUGCAGGGCUCCAACAGCCGCCGCUCGCAGUCGUCCUCUCUGCUAGAUAUGGGCAACAUGUCUGCCUCCGACCUGGACGUGGCCGACCGUACCAAGUUUGACAAGAUAUUCGAGCAAGUCCUCAGUGAAUUGGAGCCUCUGUGCCUUGCGGAACAAGACUUCAUCAGCAAGUUCUUCAAGCUCCAGCAGCACCUGACUGUCAUGCCUCCUCUUGCGCAGCCGGAAGCGGAGGAGUCAGAUGGCAGCGUGCCGUCAAGAAUGCCUCCCCAGGCGGAACACAGACACUCCUUGUCGUCAGAUAAAGACAUGGUGCGGCUGAUGAUGAACAAAGUGUUCCAGAGCAUCGAGACUGAGCUCAACAGCCUCAUCGCACUGGGUGACAAGAUUGACAGCUUCCACUCGUUGUACAUGCUGGUGAAGAUGAGCCACCACGUGUGGACGGCUGAGAAUGUAGACCCAGCCUCUUUCCUCAGCACAACACUGGGAAACGUCCUGGUCACGGUCAAGAGGAACUUUGACAAAUGCAUUUCCGGCCAGAUCAGACAAAUGGAGGAAGUGAAAAUUUCCAAGAAGAGCAAAGUUGGCAUCCUCCCGUUCGUCACUGGUUUUGAAGAAUUUGCCGAGCUGGCUGAGACCAUCUUCCGAAAUGCUGAACGUCGCGGCGACCUUGAUAAAGCUUACGUCAAACUCAUCAAGGCUGUCUUCAUGAACGUGGAGAAAGUAGCCAGCGAGAGCCAGAAGACACCGCGGGACGUGGUGAUGAUGGAGAAUUUCCACCACAUCUUCUCCACGCUUUCCCGACUCAAGAUCUCCUGCCUGGACGCAGAGAGAAGGGAGGCCAAGCACAAAUACACAGACCACCUGCAGUCCUAUGUCAUCAACUCUCUGGGCCAGCCUCUGGAAAAACUCAAUCAUUUCUUCGAGGGUGUGGAAGCCCGUGUGGCCCAGGGGGUCCGUGAGGAGGAGGUGAGCUAUCAGCUAGCUUUCAACAAGCAGGAGCUCCGCAAGGUAAUUAAAGAGUAUCCUGGAAAAGAGGUGAAGAAAGGACUGGACAACCUUUAUAAGAAAGUGGACAAGCACUUGUGUGAAGAGGAAAGUCUGCUACAGGUGGUAUGGCACUCCACGCAAGACGAGUUUAUCCGGCAAUACAAGCACUUUGAGGGACUGAUUGGCAGAUGUUACCCCGGCUCUGGAAUCACAAUGGAAUUUACUAUUCAGGAUAUGUUGGAGUAUUUCUCCAGCAUCGCGCAGUCCCAUUAGCCUGACUGACAAUGACUCACUACUGACACACUCUGGAUAAACAUGUAAAAACACAUUUGUUCAUGCUUUCAUCCAUUUUUCUUUAAAGUCGUCACCUUUGGUGUUGGCGAACUAAAGGUCUGACUGUGGCCAUCCAUCCUGGCUUGGUUGCUUGCUAACCAUAGGGGAUUCAUUGACAACAGCAAUUCACAACCAUGAACAUUUUAGUGUCAUCAGUGAAUCUAACAUGUUUACGGCCAAAGUACUUCAGGAAAACAUACACAAGCACUGGAAGAACAUGAAAACCCCACGCAAGAAGAUUGGAGCUGACUUUGGAACCUCAAAUUUGAGAACUGCAAAGCUUGCAAAAUUUGUGUACUAAACUGUGUCUGUGUUUAUUCGUUCAUCUCAUUUCUUUGCUAAUAAAAAUCCAGUCACUUUGUUUGGCACUCUCCAGUUGUGAAUCGCAAAUUUUGCAUUUGGUAACUGGUCUGUGGGUGGAUGUUACCCAGAUAUAAUCCAGCCUUUAAUUCCACUAGUGUCACACCAUGAUUAAUAUAGAAUUAUCAAUAUAACAUAUAUCAACUGUACCUUACUUGGAGCAGUAAUGAAUAAUCAAUAAUGAAUACCGGUAAUCAAA